ACACACUCCGCCGUGACCCUCCCUCCGUCGCCGACAGCGCGAGGUGAUACUUGCCAGCCAUUGAUAAAGAUGAGGACUCUUCUCCCUUUCCUCUCCCUGGCCGCCAUGGCCCGGGCCCUCUACUUCUACAUCGAUGUGACGAAACCCAAGUGCUUCUUCGAGGAGCUCCCCAAGGACACCCUGGUGGUGGGUCACUAUACGGCCGAGGAAUGGAACGACCAGAGGCGCGCCUGGGAGAAGCACGACGGCAUCAGCAUUUACAUCUCUGUUGACGAAAUAUUUGACAACGACCAUCGCGUCGUCUCUCAGCGCGGUGGCCCCUCGGGCAAAUUCACUUUCACGGCGGCCGAGGCGGGCGACCACAAGAUUUGCUUCACCCCUUCGUCCAACAGCGGCCGGUCCAACUGGCUGUCGGCGGCCUCCCCCAAUGGCGGCAUCCGCCUGACGUUGGACAUGGCCAUCGGCGAGACGAGCGCUCUCGACGGCGGCAACAAGGAGAAGAUUCAGGAUCUCGCGACGCGCGUCAAGGAUCUGAACGCCCGGCUGAACGAUAUCAGGAGGGAGCAGGUCUUCCAACGGGAACGCGAGGCCGAGUUUCGCGAUCAGUCCGAAAGCACCAACGCCCGUGUGGUCCGCUGGAUUCUGAUUCAGCUCACCGUCCUCGGCGUGACAUGCGCCUGGCAGCUGUCCCACCUGCGGUCUUUCUUCAUUAAGCAGAAGCUCACAUAGGAAGAGUUUAUACAUGCGAAAACCCGGUUGAUUCUGUAAUGGGGCUGUUGGGAUCUGCUUGUCAUGAUGUGUAUGAAUCCGUUUAGCCUCUGUUCCUGAAAUGCAUCUCGCCUGUAUUCGAGUCAAGAGGUUUCUUUCCCAUUUCUGGUCUCAGUGGGCGGGAAGGGAGAGGACAUCCAUGGGCUUGGUUGGGAGGGGGAAUUUUUUUUUUAAACGCAAUCAAUGAUGGCUACAAAAGCGGUGUUACAUCGGGUUGGACAUGCGUGGGCCACGAAAGUCGCAUGGGCGGUUGAUUUUGCCUCGCCCACCGCGUCUGGCUCCCAGCGGCACCCGAGAUCUGAUCCGAGAUCGUUGUCGCUUCAUGAUCCCUCUCCUCUUACGUGCACGGCUCGGGAGGUACUGAUGGGUCUGGGAACUACUUAUAGAGUCAAGGAGGACGGGCGAGCUGGGGGAGGGGCAUGGCACGACUAAUGCAGUCCUGUGGUUCGUUAUACAUACAUACAUACGUGUUAUAUUAGAAGACAAGCCGUCGGCCCGACGAGCAC